GCGGAAAAUCUCUUUACAUCGCCGUAUUGUUGUAUCGCUGAAGUUCACGUUCAAAGAAAUCAAGUGUGUAUCUGAUCACCAUGGCCGAGCAGACGACAACGCCCGCCGCCAAGCCAGCCAAGCCCGCCAAGAAGAAGGCUGCGCCCAAGAAGAAGCCAACUCACCCCUCCGCCGGGGAGAUGAUCCUGGCCGCCGUGGCUAACCUGAAGGACCAGCCACGAUCAGGCUCCUCCUCGCAGGCCAUCAAGAAGUACAUCCACGCCAACUACACCCUGCCGCCCAACUACGACACCCACAUCAAGCGGGGACUCAGGACCCUGGUGGCGUCGGGCAAGCUGGUGCAGACCAAGGGCAAGGGAGCCAGCGGAUCCUACAAGCUGGACAGCCGUAAGACGAAGCAGUCCGCCUCCGACAAGGCAAAGAAGGAUAAGGCUCGCCAGAAGGCCAAGGCGCUGAAGGAGAAGAAGAAGGAACAAAACAAGGCCAGGAAGGAGAAGGCAGCAGCCAAGAAAGCAGCCAGGAAGGCUGCCAAGAAGGCCAAGUCUCCGACCAAGAAGAAGACGGCAACCAAGAAGAAGUCGCCCAAGAAGCCAGCCAAGAAGGACAAGAAGCCUGCUGCCAAGAAGACUGCCAAGAAACCCGCAGCCAAGGCUAAGCCUAAGACGGCCAAGAAGGCAACCAAGGGGAGCAAGCCCAAGACCACGAAGAAGGGCACAAAGAAGCCAGCUACAAAGAAGGCAGCCAAGAAGUAAACUGCCCCAGCAGACCCAGCUUAACUCCAAACCCAAACGGCUCUUCUCAGAGCCACCACAUUUUCAAAAAAGAGAUGGAAUUCAUGUCUGUCAAAUCAAUGUUUCGUUACUUUAUGUACAGUUUUUGGGUCAGUCCAUUUUAAAAUUGAGUACAAACUUUCCUCAGAUGUCCUCUUUAAAUUUGAUUUAAAUUUCCCCUAGGCCUACCCCUUUUAUUUAUUGGGGGGGG